AUGAAGGCAGCGACAUUUCUUUGCGGUUUCACUUUCGUCACAAUAGCGCAUGCCGGCUUCCUUGGCAGAGGCGGGGCACGAGGCAGAUUCGGCGGAGCCGGUGGUUUUGGAGGUGGACACUACGGAGGUGGUGGAGGCCAUGGUGGUGGCAUUGGAGAGGGAUUUGGUGGUGGUCACCACGGAGGAGGAAGAGGUGGUGGUGGUGUAUCGUAUCUCGUAAGCAACGUCAGUGAGACCGUUGGCGGAGGUGGAGGCCAUGGCGGAUAUGGUGGAGGAGGUUUUCUGGAGGCCACGGUGGUGCCGGUCUCGGAGGCUGUUACGGAGGAAGUUUCUCUGGCGGCCACGGCGGCGCAGGCCUCGGUGGCGGUUACGGAGGAGGUUUCCCCGGUGGCUAUGCUGGUGGCGCUGGCAUCGGCGGAGGUGCUGCUAAGGGCCCUAGUUCGAGGCGCCGGAGGCGUUGGAGGGGCAUACGGUGGUAGACACGGCGGUGGAUUCGGAGGAGGACACGGCGAUGGAUUUGGAGGUGGCAACGGUGGCGGAUUUCUAGGUGGAGUAGGAGGUGGUUAUGGCGGACACCACGGCGGUGGAUGGCAGUAA